AUGCCGCAGUGUUCUGCGGAAUUUUCUCUAGAGCUGUACCACAACCCAACAAACAACAACUAUUAUUUGCAGAAGGGGGAAGGAAGGCUGUUCAGGUGGCACCAGUUUUGCCUCUUUGACUCGUAUUCUUCCUCGCUGUCAUUCAUUCACUGUAUAGGUAACAUUUCCUUCCCUUACCCUUCAUGUUUUCUUGUCCGGGAAUCAUGCCUCGGGUCUGAUUUCUUCUAG